AUGGGACAGACUGUCACCACCCCCUUGAGCCUCACGCUUGACCACUGGUCAGACGUGAAAGCACGAGCCAACAACGAGGGACUUGUGGUCAAGAAGAAGAAAUGGAUCACCCUUUGCGAGGCUGACUGGGUCAUGAUGAAUGUGGAGGGAAAAGUCUUCGCUCCGGGUCCCCAUGGCCACCUGGACCAGGUUCCAUACAUCGCCAUAUGGAAACUCCUAGCGACCAGGACCCACCGCCGUAUCCGGGGAAUCGGGCGCCGGAGAGACUGGCGGCCAUGGCCCCCAUGCCGGUGCCAGAGAGACCGGCGGCCCCCACGCCAGCGCCAGAGGGACCGGCGGUCACCACAGCGGCACCAGUGCCGCCGGCGGUCCCCGAAUAUCCUCCACAGGGACAGCGGGAGGAGGAGACCCCGGCUCCCUCCCCAAUUGCUGGUUGCCUACAAGGAAAGUGCAAAGCGCGAUGAACCAGCCAAAGUAUCCAGGGCCUUCCCCCUCCGGGAGGGACCCAAUCACCAGCUUCAAUACUGGCCGUUUUCGGCCUCUGAUCUUUACAACUGGAAGCAGCAUAAUCCCCCAUUCUCUAAGGACCCUGUUGCCUUGACUAACCUGAUUGAGUCCAUUUUAGUGACCCACCAGCCUAUGUGGGACGACUGUCAGCAGUUGCUGCAAACCCUCCUGACAGUGGAGGAGAAGCAGCGAGUCUUCUUAGAAGCUCGGAAGCAGGUUCCUGGAGACGAUAGAAGACCCACCCAACUGCCUAAUGUUAUUGAUGCAGCCUUUCCCCUCACCCGCCUGAACUGGGACUUCAUGACCCCAGAAGGUAGGGAGCACCUACGUCUCUUUCACCAGUUGCUCUUAGCGGGUCUCCGGGGGGCUGCUAGGCGCCCCACCAAUUUGGCUCAGGUUAGAAAUGUGGUCCAGGGAAAGGAUGAGAUGCUGGCAGCAUUCCUGGAAAGACUUAAAGAGGCCUAUAGGAUGUAUACCCCAUAUGAUCCGGAAGAUCCAGGACAGGCGCCGAGCGUCAUCUUGUCUUUCAUCUAUCAGUCAAGUCCAGAUAUAAGGGCCAAGUUACAGAGACUAGAGGGAUUGAAUUCGUUCAAUUUGUCAGAUUUGUUGAAGGAGGCAGAGAAAGCUUUUAAUAGCUCUCUCAGUGACCGCACAUCUUUGGUCCAGGGGGCCACGGGUAGCAGGAGAUAUCGAUGGACCACCAAAAGAAAGGUUCAGCUGGCAUCUGGACAGGUAACCCACUCUUUUCUACAUAUACCUGAUUGCCCUCACCCAUUAUUGGGCCAAGACCUGUUGACUAAGCUCAAGGCUCAGAUCUAUUUUGAUGACAAGGGGUCGACCGUUAUAGCACCCAAAGGGACCCCGCUACAAGUCCUAGCCCUAAGACUGGAAGAGGAAUACCGCCUCUUUGAAUCCGAGUCCUCUAAGGAGCCACCAGAAGGGAUACAGGGCUGGUUGAGAGAAUUUCCCUCGGCAUGGCCAGAGACUGGCGGCUUGGGGCUGGCUCGCGACCAACCCCCACUUGUUAUUCAGUUAAAAACCUCCACCACUCCUGUUUCAAUCAAACAGUAUCCCAUGUCCCGGGAAGCCCACGAGGGCAUUAAACCACACAUCCGGAGGCUCCUGGACCGGGGGGUACUUGUGCCCUGUCGAUCUCCUUGGAAUACCCCCCUCCUGCCGGUAAAAAAGCCCGGGACAGGGGAUUACAGACUGGUUCAAGACCUAACGGAGGUUAAUAAACGGGUUGAAGAUAUACACCCCAUGGUGCCAAACCCUUAUAACCUCCUCAGCACUCUUCCGCCAACCCAUAUUUGGUAUACGGUACUGGACUUAAAGGAUGCCUUCUUCUGUUUGAGAUUGCAUCCCCAGAGCCAGCUGCUAUUCACUUUUGAAUGGAGAGACCCAGAAAUGGGACUUUCAGGACAGUUGACCUGGACUCGGCUCCCCCAGGGGUUUAAGAACAGCCCGACCCUCUUUGAUGAGGCCCUACAUUCAGACCUGGCUGAGUUCCGGGUCGAGCACCCGGCCUUAAUCUUGCUCUAAUAUGUGGAUGACCUCCUCCUAGCAGCCAGAACCCAAGCUGAAUGUUUGAGAGGCACUCGGACCCUUUUGACUAAACUGGGACAGAAGGGCUAUCGGGCUUCAGCCAAGAAGGCCCAGAUUUGCCAAAGCAAGGUCAUUUACCUGGGUUACACCCUGGAAGGAGGACAGAGAUGGCUCACGGAAGCAAGGAAGGAGGCCAUAAUCUCCAUACCCCCUCCAAGGAACCCCCGCCAGGUGCGGGAGUUCCUAGGUACAGCCGGCUACUGCCGCCUCUGGAUCCCAGGUUUUGCUGAGAUGGCUGCCCCGCUAUAUCCUCUCACCAAGCCCGGGGUCAUGUUCCACUGGGGAGAGGAGCAACAACAGGCCU